GGCUGUCAAAAUAUUGUCAAACACUGCAAUGUCAAUUUGACAAAUCCAAGGACGAGUUCGACAGUUACUUGCCCAUAUUUUACGAGUACAAAGAAGAAAAUGCCUGAAUUGAAUGAGAAACAUAAACAUUGCAGGAUAGUCGAGUCGAGAAUUGGAGACAUGGACAAUUUUGAAACUUAUAAGCCCCGUGCAAUACCUGUAGUGUUAGCUAAUGAUGAUCACACAUUCUGUUUGGAUGAAGAAGCAUUAUCUAAAAUCCUCAUGCAAGAUGGUAUUAAAGAUCGUAAUGUUGUUGUUAUUUCUGUUGCUGGUGCAUUCAGGCAUGGAAAAUCAUUCUUAUUGGAUUUCUUUCUCAGAUAUAUGAAUUCAAAGUAUGUACUCAAAAAAAACACAUCUGAUUGGGUUGGUCAAGAUGAUGCACCUUUGGAGGGCUUUUCCUGGAGAGGUGGCUCUGAACGAGAUACAACUGGUAUAUUGAUGUGGUCAGAAAUAUUCUUGACUGAACUAGCAAAUGGUGAAAAGGUGGCCGUUAUAUUAUUGGAUACUCAGGGUACUUGGGACAGCAAAAGUACUGUAAAAGAAUGCGCGACUAUAUUUGCACUAAGUACAAUGAUAAGUUCCGUACAAAUAUACAAUUUAUCAUCAAACAUACAAGAAGACGAUUUGCAACAUUUGCAACUUUUUACAGAAUACGGUCGCUUGGCCUUAGCGGAAACAAAUUUAACUCCAUUUCAGAGACUUCAGUUCCUUGUGAGGGAUUGGAGAUUUCCUUACGAAGCCCCAUACGGUGCUGUUGGCGGACAAAAGAUCUUAGAGAAACGGCUUAAAGUAGACGAAAAUCAACAUCCAGAACUGGAAUCACUGAGAAGACAUAUAAGAUCAUGCUUUUCGGAAAUUGCAUGUUUUCUUAUGCCGCACCCUGGUAUCAAGGUAUCGACAAGUCCAACAUUUGAUGGAAGAUUACAAGAUAUUGAUUCAGAAUUCAAAGACAAUUUGAAAAUUCUUGUUCCAAUGAUACUUGCACCAGAAAAUUUGGUGGUGAAACAAAUCAACGGUCAAAAAGUGAAAGCUAGGGAUUUGGUGCAAUAUUUCAAAUGUUACAUGCAGAUUUAUCAGGGUAAUGAGCUGCCGGAACCUAAAUCAAUGCUUGUGGCAACUGCGGAGGCCAAUAAUUUGUCUGCAGUGGCAGAUGCAAAGGAAGUUUAUACAACUUUGAUGGAGGAAGUAUGUGGUGGAACGAAACCCUAUCUGAACAGUAGUGUUAUGGAAGCGGAACAUAAAAGAAUUAAGGAUAAAGCAGUCCAGCAAUUCCAAAGUAAACGAAAGAUGGGAGGCGAAGAGUUUAGCGAGAAGUACAAAGAGCAGUUAGAAAAGGACUUGGAGGAAUCUUUCAACCAAUUUAAAGCUCACAAUGAAAGCAAGAAUAUCUUCAAAGCAGCGAGAACACCGGCUGUAUUUUUUGCUCUAGCCGUGUUCUGCUACAUAGGAUCUGGUGCUUUUGGACUUUUUGGUGCUUAUACAAUAGCCAAUAUUUUCAAUACCGGCAUGGCUAUUGCUUUCAUCACUCUAGGAUUUUGGGCUUAUAUUAGGUAUAGCGGAGAAUUCAGGGACUACGGACUCCAGAUAGAUGAAAUGGCAAAUCUUAUAUGGGAUAAUUUCUUGAAACCCGUUUAUCAAAGCCUCGUCGAGACCAGUAUGCAGCAAAUGGCUGCGCAAGCAGCUGAGUUGGCCGUACAUAAUACAACGGCUGCCGUAAGAAGUCCAUUAUCAGCAAACGGAAAAAAACAAGCGUGAUACAUGGACGAUACAAAGUUCUCUAGUCUGCCAUACAUAACUUAGUGUUGAAAUGAGGUGACAAUGUUAUACAUAAAAUCGAAAAAAAAUUAAGUAUGGUUCAGAUUGAUGAAUUGAUUAGCUUUAGUUGGUGCAUUGGUUGUAAGCGGUAGAUCAUCCGGAGUGAAAAUACAUAAUACCAUAGUCAUCGUUGAAUCAAGUAAAAUAAUUUCACAAUGUGAGCAGCGCUCGUCGGAAAAAUUUCGAACACAUUAAUUUCUAUAGAUCGUAACGACUCGUUCAUCACUUUUGUAUCAAUAAAAAUUGACAUGUGGUAUGAAUAGUUUCUAUUACAGAAAUUUUAACUGUCUGAUGGGUUUUUAAUAUUAAAUAAUUAUUUGUUGGAAAAGGUAUAAUUAUAAAAUGAACUUUUAUGAAAUGUUGAAAUCAUUUUUGAUUGAUUGGAUUGUUGAAUAAAAAGGAAAUCAUUUCUCAUCCAGGUUUUUCUUAGGUGAUUUUACUAAAAACCUGCUAUCAAACCUUAUAUGGAGUGAUGCUCUUCGCUCCUGUGAUCAGUGUGAUCUUAAAAUAAUAAAUUACCCAUAGGAAGAUGGCCACCUUAUAUAGAAAUUAAUAAUUGAAAUACUUACAAACAGGCUCUUCUAAUUGAUAAAAAAUUCGAUCAAAAAAAAACGAGGUAAGUCAAAUGAGAUAUGCCUGAAGUUUCCAAUAGCAAAUAGAAAAUUAUUAUCAAAAUCAAUUCUUUGAAUUGGUAUUUUCAUUUAAUCAUGCAACUGUAUUCUUUUCUAGAUUCUUCCCAUGAAUUAAAUAAAUUUUAUAAUUUUUAAUGUUUCUAUACACCAUAUAUUUUUCCAUAUGGGUAAAAGGAAGUUCUAAUAGAUUUAAAUUAGCUGAGUUAUGAUUUUUCCCUUUGCUUAUAAGGUAUUCAACCAAGGCAAAUUGUUGAAUAAAUGCUAACAUUCCCUUGUUCUUUAUACCUUUUCAUCAAAUUAUAAAACACUAUAAUUUGGCAGCACUAUUUCAAAAGAUAUCUAUGGAUUUGUUUUAUUUUUUUUAGUUGAAACUCCAGUGAAAAAAGUUGCUAGAGCAGGUUUUUGCAAACAGCAUAACUGUAUUAUAAGUUAUUUGUUAAUUGUUUUAUUUAUUGUACAUGCAAAUAACAUGAUCACUGCUUGAACGUUUCUCUUAUCAAAACUUGAAAAUCUCAAUACCAAUAUUGUACUGAUGAAUGUGAUAUACAUGGUUCAAGAAAGGCAUUUUUAUAUCUUGUAUAAUAGGUGUGGAUUUGUGAUUGUUUCAGUGGAUUUGAAUUCCAGAAUUCUUAUUAGUAUUUUUGUUUUGUGUAUUCGGACAAUGUGGAAUUUUUGUCUGAAGUUAUAUGUAUACAUAUACUACUGUUAUAUGAAUUUUAGUGAGCUAGAUGAAAAAAAAUGCCAAUUACGUUAAAGUACUAUGUCCUAACUUCGCCUACCUGAUUCAGUCGAAUCAGCUAUAAAAACAAAUUUCGGAUUACAUUAGAAAAUUGGAACUUCUAUUUAGUGCCAUUUGCACAAAAAUUUCUCCCUUGUUAUCGUUUUAAGUAGUUUUAAUAAAUUCACAAUAUUUUGUGGCUAUGGCUCAACUGAUCAUGAUGGUGAUAAAAAGAACCCUUAUAUGAUAUUAUAUGUACAUAUAUUGUGUUCGUUAUAAUUUUUGUACUCUAUAAAAAUUGAGAUUACUAAAAUUUUUUUAUCUAUUUGUGUGUUUAAUCUUGAGAAACACCUGCAUUCAAAUACUUUGGAAUUUAUUACGGAAAUUCUUCGGCAGUUUGAAAAGCAAAACGAAAAGAACAUGACAAUAACAUGUGAUUUUUUCUCAUAGAGAUUGAUUUCCAGACAGUAUUACCAUAUUUUGAAUUUAAAACACUAUGACUGUUGAAAAAAUUUUCAAUGAGAAAUCAAGUGUUCCUUUUCAAUUUCAAAUUGUAAUUUGGUGGUCAUUGCCUGCUUUUUUCCUCGGCUUCUUCUUAUAACCCGCUAGUAGAUUUUUAAACCGUGAAAAAAUUCUUGCCAAGAAAAAGUAACACUGAAUAAGGACAAUCUUCAUAAAAUUGAUGGGCAAUUAUGGAUACAUAUGAGUAAUGAAGCUCUUGAACAAUAAGAAGAAAUAUCUGUUGAAUUUCUGAAAAUCCGAUAAACUGUAGAUAUUCUUGAAAUUUUGACGAGACGUAUUUCCUUGUUACAUUUCAAGGGGGUCAUUGUUAAUCUCAUCAUUGUUACGUCAUCAGUUACCAUCUGUGUAUUAUUUCAAUGUUAGCCUCCUUCAGUUAUUGUUCUUUCCAUAUCAUAUUUUGUUCAAAUAAUAUAAUAUAGAAUUUUGUUGUAUAAUUUCAAGAUGAAUUCAUUAUGAUUAUUUCUUCUUUGAAUAUCGUAUUUCCAAAUAUCUGUUUUAUUUACUCAUGGUACUGAGGAGUAGAUUCAUAUUGAUUUUGUUCAAUUUAUAGCCUAGAUUGUUGUAGUCGAAGAAGACACCUAAGUGCCUCAGUAAAUUUAAGAUGAAUGAAUCUCUAUUGUUGUGGAUAUAGUAAAAUCAAACGAAGUUUUACUGAGAUUGGUAUAUAUGGAGUAUAUAAUUAAAUUUCAUUAAAAUCGAAUGCUAUGUCUUAUUAAAUUGCAUCGUUAAUAACUAUAAAGCUCAGUGUUUCUUAUCUUGUACUUGGAAUUGUAUAUACUGGUUUUGGUGAUAAAUUCAAGUUUAUAUGUU